AGAACCACAAGAUAUAGAUGAUUAAAUAUUUUGCAUAGAUUGAUACAAUUAAAAUGUUGGAGUUUUAACUGGACGCCCUUCAAAACAGGAUGAGGGGUGAGGGUGUCUGGAGGGCAGAAUGCUGCUAAGGACUCUUUCAGAUUAUUGUUUAGGUCUGACCAGAUUAAAGGCGGAAGCAGAGAUGGCGGAUUUUUUAAACGCCUUUGAGGCAUUUCUCAGCGGAGAGACAACAGACAAAGAUCCUACUUCAAUGGAGUCAGAAAUACCAGCAUUUAAAUCCCCUCCAGAUAAAUCUGAAGAUUCAGAAUCCAAAAAUAAAGACGAGAUAGAAUCAAAAGUGCCUUUAGCCGAACUCUCGGUAGUUCCAAGUGUGCCUGUGAAACCCAUAGUGCCUCCGAUAAAACUACGGACCCCUCCACCCCCUCCUCCUCCUAUUCAAAUAAUACCUAUAAAACCAGUUAAGGGUAAGGUUUACCCUCCAACCUACCCUCCAGCGGAUCGUCCUGGAAGAAACACGAAUCAGCUUCUUUUCAUUAAACGGAAUAUUAUGGGACCUUUAUGGAAUCACAGGUUUGCCUGGCCCUUUAAGAAACCUGUUGAUGCUGAAAAACUGAAGUUGCCAGACUACCAUACAAUUAUCAAACAACCAAUGGACUUCGGAACUAUUAAAAAGCGCCUAAUGAAUAAGUACUACUGGUGUGCUGAUGAUUACUUGUUUAGUACUGGUGUACUGAAUAUUAUUUGUUUAUUACUAUUGGUGUACUAA